AUGACACGCGCCCCUCCGUGCUCACGCUCCUCGUCCUCCUCGCCGUCCAGCUCCCUCCCGCCGCCGCCGCCGCCGCCGCCGCCAAGCACCGCCACGCGUCCGAAUCCGCCCCGGCACCGCCCGCCUCCUACCUCCUCCCGCCUCCUUCUCUACCCGCUUCACCUUCCGCAUCACGCCCGCGCCCACACCUACGGUGACGGCCUCGCCUUCCUCCUAACCUCUUCCCGGACUUUCCUCGGCGCCUCCAACGGGUUCCUCGGCCUCUUCCCCUCCUCCUCCGCCUCGGACGAGGGCGAGGCCGACCUCCGCGGCGUCACCACCGUAGCCGUCGAGUUCGACACCCACCGCGACGUGGCGCUGCGUGACCCUGACGGCAACCACGUCGCGCUCGACGCGGGUUCCAUCUUCUCCGUCGCGUCCGCGAGCCCCGGCGUCGACCUCAGGUCAGGCGUACCCAUCAUCGCCUGGGUCGAGUACCGCGCCCCACGCCGCCGCCUCAGCGUGUGGCUCUCGUACUCGUCGUUCCGCCGCCCAGAGAAGCCCGCCCUCUCUGCUGAUGCCGACCUCUCCGGACUCCUGCGCACAUACAUGUACGCCGGCUUCUCGGCGUCCAAUGGCAAUGGCGCGGCGCUUCAUGUCAUUGAACGCUGGACCUUCUGCACCUUCGGCUUUGCCAACUCAUCCCGCGCGUCGCCACCAUCUGAGCCCCCAGCACAGCCCAACAAGGCACUGCUGCCGCCCAACAGCAAACCACUGCUGCUUACAGGAAGCCACCAGCACCACCACCUAAUCUACAAGGUGCUCGGUGGAGUCCUUGGAGGCAUGGUCUUGCUUGUAUUUGCCAUCGUCGCCUCUGUUGUCUGGCUCUCCAGGCCAGCUCGUCGCCCAACUGAAGAGCGUACAGUGCCGCCGAGCGAGGACAAGCCUUAUGGGACGAUGUCUAUGGAGGUGGAAGCGACCUGGUAUGUGAAGGGUAGUCAAGAUGCUUGA